AUGGAGCGGGUCGCCAGCAACGUUGGGCUCAUACGAGAGGCGGGCAAGGAGUUCCGCCUCUUCUCACACGAGGAGGUGACGCUGGUGCGGCAGCUGGCCGAGAGCCGGCAGCGGCUGGUGGACAUCCACGAGGUGCGCGCUGAGGGCGCCCGCCAGAUGCACAGCGCUGUGGCCCGCCAGGUGGCCGAGGCCAUCCACGACGUCGAGCGCCAGCAGCUGCAGUAG